AUGGUAUCGGACCUGAAAGAAUACGUCUCGUAUGAAGUCGAAACCAAUGAAUGGAACGAAGUAAAGAAAGGUCCCUCGGGAAAAAUAGAGAAACGAUAUAAUAAUAGAUUCAGUCUUUCAAAUCGGUUUAGUACACUUCAGAACGAACAAAACAACAAUAAUCACUAUGACGCACAACCACUUACGAAUAAUCAAAGUUACGCACCACCACAACCAAAUAAAUCUAUAAGAAGACCAAAUCCCGUUAUUAACCGUUCUCCAGAAAGAGAUCUUUUAAAACGUAACAUCAAAUCAUCUGAAACCCGUAAAAAUAAAAAGAAGAUUAGAAUCAUCAGUGAUAGCAUCGCAAAAGGCAUAAACACUCGAGAGUUCAAUAAUCAUUUGAGAAACGGUGAUGCAAGAUUUAAAGUUUUUCCUGGUUCAAAUAUUAAAAAUUUGGGUCAUUACUCUCUACCAACCUUAGUAGAUGAGAAUCAAGAAAUAGUAGUUGUGCAUGUUGGAAUAAACGACUUGCUGGAUAUAAAGAGAAAUAAAUCAUCGGUUAAUGAAAUUGCAGAAAAAUUUAACUUACGGCAUCCUGCUCCCAGGGUGGAAAUCUUUGUGAAAUUUGCUCCAGAUUAUUUCGUAUUAUCUGAAACAAAAUUAGAUAGUACUUUUCCAAAUAGUCAUUUUACUAUUGAUGAUAAUGAAUUAAGAUCUAGAAAAGAUCGGGAUAAAAAUGGGGGUGGGCUAAUUGAAAGUAACAGAAAGUUUGAUAAGAGAAAGUUUCUUUCUGAUGUUAGGAAUACACGUUUUGAUUUUAAUAAAAAUGACCCUGCUUCAAAUUACGACCACUUGACAAAAACGUUUAGUUCUAUUAUUGAAAAGCAUGCCCCUUUAAAACAGAAACUGCUCAGGGGAAAUGAAGCACCUUUUAUGAAUAAAGAACUUAGGCAAGCCAUUUAUACCAGUGAGCUUGCUGAAUUAUUUAAUGAACACUAUAUUAACAUUGUAGAAAAAAGUAGAGACAAAAUACCCCCAAAGUUUGUAAAGUUAGCUAUAACACAUUUGCAAAUGAGAAAAAAAAUAUCACUUAUGAAAGACAAGGAAUUUAUAAAAAGUAGCAGCUUGGAUGUGAUUCUCAAAAAUCUUCACAAACAUAUCGGAAUAGAAGUAACAUCAGAAAACAAGUACAGCCCUGUGAAACUGAAGCAUUCAAACCAAAAUUUUGCCGACCUAAAGCACAAAUUAGAUCAGCAAACUGAUCUGACAGGUCGGCACAAACAAGUCUAUUCAUAG